AUGAUCUUUCAAUACUUCCAGCCAGCCGCAAAUAGCUUUUUCAUUAGAAACUCGAGAACAUCUUAUUUCAACCUGAGCGUCUUCGAUUUUGAGAACAGGCGUGCGAUCGUUGUGGAAGGCCACGAAGCCGCUGUUAUAACUCUAACCACUGUCGCGGCCCUUGCCGCAAUCGUUGCUCGAUCAGCUGAUUACGAUGGCAAAUGGCCUACAGCUGGCGGUAUUAGAGGCAACAGAGUCAGGCGGCCUUUCACUGUCGACAAAGUAAAAGUCGAAGAUCUCGAAGCCGGAGACCUAAAGAUAUCGUGGGGGUUGAAAGCAGUUCACCGCGCAGUCUCUGAGGAUCAGGCGUGGGCACUUCUCAAAGCCGUUUCCAUUGGAAUCCUUCUAAGCAGUACAAAAGGCGCAUAG